CGUUUUGUAAGCGGAUACUUCCUGGUGGCGCUGAUGCAGUAGUGACACCUGACUAGUUUGUGGUAACUAAAGUAAUAAAGUUAGUAAGUUGCAAUGGUUGAGGGGCCGGGAUGCACGUUACAUGGAGACAACAUCCGAUCGAGAGUACAAAAAGGACAAAAAGUUCAAGACAUUACUGGAGACGCGAAAGCAAUCCCAUCAGCAGAUGGCUCCAACGCAGUGUCUUUCCGUGUCUUCGGCGGCUGUCAGUACGUCGGCGUGGAUACCCUCGGAAAAGAGCUUUUCUUGUAUUUUGGUCUGCGUGCUCUACGAGUUCAUUUUGGGAUGAAUGGUUCCUUGAGGAUCAACCCCAGUGACAGGAAGGACAGGACUGGGAGGCUGCCCGCCCUGCAGAUCAGUCUCACCAAUGACCUUCUCUGCUUUUUUGACACCACCGUGGAAAUCAGGCUCGCGGAUGAAUGUGAACAGAAAGUGAGGACCAUGGAAAGCUUAGACGUUUGUUCCCCCAAGUUUAGUUCCUCCAGAGCAAUGGAGGUGUUGGCGAGUCAGAGUAAUCGCAUGCUCUGUGAUGUUCUGUUGGACCAGACUGUCCUCCCUGGCGUGGGAAACAUUAUAAAAAAUGAGGCCUUAUUCAACAGUGGUCUUCACCCUGCCAGCAAGGUCAGCCAGUUGACAGAUGGUGAGAUCCGCCAUCUGGUGAAGAUGACUCGUGAUUUUAGCCUGCUUUUCUACAAGUGCAAUAAGUCUGGAUCCCUGCUCCAUAAACAUUAUAAGGUAUACAAACAGCCUCGGUGUGGUCAGUGUAUGUCAAAGAUCACCGUCUGUCGGCUUGGAGAGAAUGGAAGGAUGACAUAUUUCUGCCACAACUGUCAAAACGGGGCUCCUAGCCAGGUUAAUGUUAGCAAACUUCAAUGCAGGAAUUCUUUAAUGGGCUGGGUUUCCAAAGAAGGCCCGGAAUGCAGUGACCAUGUGGCCCCGAAAAAUGAGCAGUGGACAUGUGAACUCUGCACUCUGAAAAACGGGGCCAGUGCGGAGUCUUGUGCGGCCUGCCUGUCACCCCGACCCCAACUUCCCAAAAAGGGGCCAAAAGAGGAUUUUUCAUUCUCCACCAGACAUGUGAUGAAGUGCCCCCACAAUGCCUUUGCCAAGCCACGGGAGGAACUGAAAGUCAAUCGGGAGGCAGCGUUCGGGACUUCGACUCUAAUUUUCACGGAUUGCACUAAAAGGGAACCCUUGACGAGCCCCACUCAUUCCUUUGGGAAAACUCAUCUGAGUUCUUUGGCAAACAGCAAUAUAAACAAGCAAAGCUUUGGUCAAGGGAAAGUAAGUCCCAGAUGUUCUCCGGGUUCGUCGUGUAAGAGAAGCUCUGAAGAAUGUAUGGUCUCCAGUCAACCAUGCAAGAAAAUGAGAAUUGAUCACAAGUCUUCCUCUAGUAACAAACCUCAAUGUGGAAAUCAUAACUUCACGAGUUUUAAUCCUCAGGUGACGCCGACAGACUUUCCCAGCAGCCCUUGCUGCAUCGCUCACCGGCGGCCCUGUGCUCUACGGGUGGUCAGGAAGGACGGGAAGAAUAAAGGCAGGCAGUUCUACGGCUGUGCUCUGCCACAGGAAGCGAGGUGCCAUUACUUCGAGUGGGCAGAUCUGCAUUUUCCGACCUGUAAACACGGGAAACGCUGCCUCCUCAGAACAGUCCUGAAACUAGGAGCCAAUAACGGACGGCGCUUCUACGUGUGUCCCUUGGGAACGGCUAGCCAGUGUGACUUCUUCCAGUGGGUUAAGUAGAGACCUUAAACUUAAGGCAAAGGCAACGUUGGCACUUUCUCUUCUUAUGCUAUAGACUUGAGUCAGAUAUUUUGAAGAGUAUAUGAAAAGUAUGUAUCUUUCCAGAUGUAACUUUAAUAAAUCAAUUUUAAUGAAGCUAUUUAAACUGAACGGGAAAUGUAAUCUGCUUUAAAUAUUUAGUGAGACGGUAGCACAUUGUAUUGUUUACAGCAAGAACAUCAGUAGCAGAAUUAGCAUGCUUGCUUGUUCUGUGUUGUGUUGUAGUCUUACCCAUUGUAAUCCUAAAUAUUACACGCUGGUAUAAGCGUUUAAACAAACAGCAUAUUCAUUUUCACUGUUUACCGUGGAUGUGUUUUAAUUAGGAAAGAUUCAUUUACCAUCCAAUAAAAACUUUCUCACUAGAGAAGAAUUACAUGGUCUGUAUAGUGCAAUUUCAAAUUAAGCCACUAAAAAUGUAAACUUUAAUUAGUUAAAAAAAAAACCUUCAGUGCUUUAGGAGGUGGAAAAGACAUUGCGUUUAGGUAAUGCUGGGAAGACAUUUCACCAUGGGAUGAUGUGAGCUGUUUCAAUUACCUGAGCGCCCUGAAACGUUAUAACUAAAAACUGAUGGUUAUUUCAUACCAAACAAGUCACUGUGUUGUUCCAGUGUAGCUUUAAAUACAGUCCACUACUCUUUGAACUGGAUCACUGGACUGCAGAUUGUACACCAUGAAUGGGAAACUGGAAAACCCUGGCACUUUGUUGCAUGCAGCACCUUCAAACAAAAUACAAACAAAUCCUUCAGAAAUAAAAUCCUUUGACAGGUGAAAUUUUUACUGCCAUGUUGACCAUAAUUGACAGUAUGAUGCGUAUAAAGGUUGGACUUAGGCCCCCUGUCUAAGAUCACCAAGCGAUAAAUUCAUAACCCUUUGAUGUCUGAUGUGUUUUUCCCCCCAAUUAUUACAUAAAGCCCUUAAUACAUUACUACUGUUCUAAGUCCAUGUGUAUCAUUAUGGUUUAUGCUUGUGUAACUACUAAGAACAUUAAAUGUUAAAGUUUACGCACCCUGGCAAAAAUGACCAAGUUUAGCCAGUAAGAAUUAUUCAUUAAAAAGUUGAAAAUGUGACUUAUGUGAAAUUAAUGUCAGUUUAUUCAAAUGUGUAAUACCGCCUGUAAUAACAUUCAGAUUUCUUGGCAUGAACCUGUUUAAUAAAGUAUCUCUGUCAAGAUAUGAAA